GUGUGUAUGUGAGAUGUACAGUUAGUUCCUCUAAACUACCCUAAAUCCAGCCCGCACACCCGUUGUAAUUGCCACCGUUAAUGCAAACAGAUGCAUAAUGCUUUGGACAACGAUCUUGACAAUGUGUCUACUGUCGACCAUCAAAACAGCGCACAAACAAGCCUUAUCAAGCGGUAGGGUCUACAAACUAAAGUGGCGCGGCUAUAACCCGACACCUGUGCAACAUCUGACGGGAGAAGAUCUACAAUUUGUGGAUUUUACUGCCUACAACAAUCAACUUACAGACCAACAGUGGAUUACUUUCCAGGCGAAAGAAAGGGGCCUUCAGAGAAACGCUGGACACAAAGAGACUGCACGAGAAAAAUCAGUUUGGGUUAGAUCUUACCCUUCUGACACCACUGCCGCGGCCUUAACUGCAUGGAUUGAAGCACAAUUGCGCUUCAUUAGAGAUGUAAUUCAACCACAGGUAAGACCUCGGACCUCCCGUGUAAAAAAGGUGCGGCGCGAUAAAUUGGCUUAUCUAUGGCAACAUCGCAGAAAGAGAGCUAUUCAAAUCAUUCUGAAUAAGAGCGAGUAUCCCGAAACACCUCCAUGUCCCAACAACGUCAAUGAAGUUCAGUCCUAUUACUCUGAUAAAUGCCAAGGCAUCACCUCAAUUGACGACGCUCCCUUACCUCCACCAUGGGAUGAUUUAUUACAGUCACAAGAAUCGGAGUUUCUACCGAUGUCCUCUCCUUUCACAGAGGAUGAGUUAAGAAACGUCUUAGACAGUCUGCCUCACAAUAAGUCCAGUGGUAGUGAUGGGGUCAUGUAUGAGACAUUGAAAUCCACUUCCUUGAGACAAACGCUAUUGCCGAUCUUCAACACUUGUCUGAUUAAUAAACGUGUUCCUAAGUCAUGGAAAGGAGCACUAAUUCAUAGAAUUCCGAAAAAAGAUAAUGUGCCGAAUGACCCCAGCACUUGGAGGGAUAUUUCCCUGCUACCAACGAUUUACAAAGUGUUCAUGAAAUGCGUACUUAGUCGCAUCCUUCCCUGGCUGGUGGAUGCAAACAUCUUGUCCACUAAGCAAAAGGCCAAUAUUGAGAGCAAGGGAUGAAUGAACAUGUGUUCUGUUUAAAAACGGCCAUAGAUGAUUUCAAACACGAGUGCAAAAUUUUAUUCAGUUUUUCUGGACUUCCGCGAUGCGUUUGGAACGCUCCCACAUAACAUCAUGAUCAGAGCUCUGGAGGAAAUACACCUGCCCCAAGUGUACAUAGACUUAAUCAAAGACGUGUACAAAAGCUCGUAUAUUCAGGUCAUUUGCGGAGUCCAGCUCACAGAUCAAAUACCCUUGCGCCUUGGCAUUAAAAACGGUUGCCCUUGGAGCGCAGUGAACUUCAUUUUAGCCAUUAACCGAUGGCUGGAUUGGAUGAGUCAGUGCGUUCCAUCCGAAAUCAUCUCUCCAAACCCCGUACAAGCAUUUGCUGACGAUGUGCAAAUGUCGUCACGUCAGGAGAACAUCAUACAUAACAUGAUACGCAAGACAGACUCCUUCCUCGACUGGUCGGGUCUCGAAGUAAAGGAGUCUAAAUGCGCAGUGCUUUACGAGAGGAGGAGCGGUGGAAACAGGUGGUACCGGUCAAAAUCUGACCGUGACCCACAAUUCAA